AUGGUGUUUGGUUGGCGAAGAGCUUUCUGUACAUCGGUUCCACGGGAAGUGGAUUCCUCCUCCGCCGUUAGAGCAACCGGAGAUGAUCCGGAUCAUGAGAGGAAUGGUGGCGGUGGAGGUGGCGGUGGCGGUGGCGGUGGAGGUGGUGGUACUCCUAAAUUUGGUGGAAGAUUUGGAUUUUUUAGCUCUUCUUCCUCUAAUCUGUCUACGCCUCGGAUUCAAUCGCAGACGGAUUUAACUCCAAGACUUCGUUGUCGAACAAGUAGCGGAAACCUGCCGGAGAAAUCAGCGUCUGUUCCUGUAAGUCCAAAGCUUCACUGUAAAACAACUGGAAGUAAUGGAGUGUUUCAAUGGUCAUCGACUCCGUCGUCGCCUCGCUCUCCUUCAACUUUCUCUCUCCUCAAAUCAAACUUACGCCUCACCACAAAUAGAUGUGGAUUAUGCUUGCAGAGCGUGAAGCGAGGGCGCGGCGUAGCGAUUUACACGGCGGAGUGUUCUCAUGGUUUUCACUUUCCGUGCAUCGCCGGUCAUGUGAAGCAAAAAGGGAGCUUAGCUUGCCCUAUUUGUGGCACCAUGUGGAAAGAGAUGCCUGUGUUGUCUGUAAACGAUGAGAAUCAGAAGCAUCAUUUUGGUGAAGAAGAAGAAACGCUUAGGGAAAAGCUAGCCACGACACUAAUGAUCGAUGUUGUUGAGAAGAAGAACAGCAAAUUGAGGAAACAGCAUUCGUUUAAACCAGAUUUGAAAAUUUAUGAUGAUGAUGAGCCAUUACCUUCGCUGACGCCUAAAGCUCGGUUCAAUCCGAUUCCGGAGACUGAUGAAAACUGCGACGAAGACUCCAUUGAAGAGUUUCAAGGAUUUCAUAGUAACAGUAGUAACAGUCCCGUCGGUGUUCAUGCAAAAGAUGUGGACGUACGAUUGCUGCCGGAGACAGCUGUCAUCUCAGCUGGUCGGAAUCACGAAACGUACGCGAUUGUUCUAAAAGUAAAAGCUCCGUCGAUGCCGCCGGCGAAAUCACAAGGCAGAGCUCCGAUUGAUGUAGUAACCGUCGUUGAUAUUACUCCCUUUGAAGAGGAUGACAGCCACCGGCCAACGAACGGCGCGUCGUAUAGUCGACGCCAUGGCAGUUCUCGAAGGCUCAUCAAACGGAACCGACGCCGUAAGAAAGGCCGCAAAAGUGCUAGAAGACCGUCGGGGAAAAAAACGCCGCCGGCAGCAUCAUCCUCAUCUCCGACAUCCCCGACCAAUCAUCACACGUGUCUUCCACGCGCUACUCCCACUCUCAAAACUCACCUUGACGUCGCCCUACACACAGUCAAACUCGCCAUUAACGACGAUCAUUCCUUCGCGAAAUCGAUCGGAAACUUACUCAACGUGGUGGUUCAAGAUCUUCAAUUGGACUUCCGGUUUAUCUCCGGCUCUUCUCCGGCGGAAAUCACAGCGGUGUACUCGUAUACACCCAAACCCGUCGCUCUCGGGUCGGGUAGGAUCCGAAUAGGAGAAUUGUUUGCAAAUGAAGAAAGAGAAUUGUUGAUUGAAAUGAAAGUCCCUACGUCGGCGAUGAGGGUCCACCAAGUACUAUCAGUGAGCUGCACCUACAGGGAAUCCUUAACCCAUGAAAUUAUUUACUCUAAAGAGAAUACACUCGUUGUACCUUUACCUAAUCCAACAACCCUCAGAUCAUCAGCGAUCACCAUCCAACGGCUGAGAAGCCUCUUCGUCACAACUCGAGCUGUAGCCGAAUCACGCCGGCUCACGGCUCGUAACGACAUCAUCGGCGCAUACCACAUCCUCAUCUCGGCUCGCGCGUUAAUCCAACAAACGACUUCGGCUUCGUCUCCCAAUAACGAGUUUCUAACCAGCUUGGAAGCCGAGCUGAACGAUUUACAACGGCGGCGCGUGGUUCAAGCCGAGAGAGCGACGAUAGAUACUGCGGUGGAGCCGUUAACGCCGACGUCGGCUUGGAGAGUGGCUGAGAAGCUCGCGAAAGUCGCGAUUAUGAGAAAGUCGUUAAACAGAGUCAGCGACUUACACGGGUUUGAAGACGCCAGAUUCUAA